AACCGGAAGUCGUCUUUUGUGUCAGACGGUGUCAAGAUGGCGACGCCCAUGAGGAGGACGCUGGUUGCUCUUCACAGGGCAACAUGUAGCAGUUUAAUGAAUGCCGAGGCGUCUCUGGACCUUCGGCACCCGCUCCCUCUGUACCUGCCGGUCCGGACUAAGAAGCGGUACUUCAUCCCUCCGGCGCCGGGGAUGAAAGGGAUGAAAGAUGUUAACAUCGAGGACAGGGCCCGAAGAGCCGGCGUUGCCCCCAGACAGCAGUACUUUGAGAGGCCCAUCAACAUCGCCUCCACUUCGGGAGUCUUCGACCCCUACAUCCCUCCGGAGGGCGACGCUCGACUCUCCUCUCUCUCCAAAGAUGGCCUGAAGCAACGAGCUGAACAGAUUAAACAGAGCGCCGGCUCUCAGCUAGCGAUUCGUAAAAUCAAAGAGCACGACCCUCAGUUCUCAACGAAGACUUUUGCAGAGCAGGCUCAGGAACUCUUCAUUGAGGCCCACACCGCCCUGACACAGUUCAACAAGGAGAAGCUUCACUCCUUGUUGACAGAGAGGUGUUAUCCUGAGAUGACGAGGGGGAACCGUUACAAGACGAUCAGCUGGAGGUUUCUGGAGUCUCUGGAGCCGCCCAAGGUGGUCCACGCUCGCUGCCCCGACAUGAUCUCCAAGGGCAACCUGUACGGCCAGGUGACCGUCCGCAUGCACAGCAAACAGGUACGACCCGCAUGUUGA